ACUGACAAACUGGGUUUAUGCUGUUUGUAAAACAUGUUUUGCAUCAAGGGCGUACAUAAUGAAAACAUGAAAAUCAAAAUGUACAUUACCUGAUACAAUACAGUUAUUUUAAAACUUGAUCAUUUCUAUGGCAAUUUUGUUAUUGGUUAUUUUGUGACACAGUCCAGAAGUCGAAGUGCAUUAGCCUUACUAGAUGCUACACAAAGUUAACAGGCAUUCAUUCAAGCCUGCUUUAUCAAUAAUUUCGAAUUCUACGCUGUUCUCCUCGUUUCACCUUACUGCCUUACAACAUGAGAUUGCUUGUAGUGUCGGCUUUGAGUUGGCGUCAGGAGGAGGGGAAAAAGGAAAGAUACUCCAAAAAAUGGCGUGAGUGAUGGCGUCUAGUAUGUGUUUUGUGCCGAGUGGACUAAGCGGUAGUUAAUCAGGGACAUGAGACUGAAUUCAGUGUAAAUAUUGAAAUAAUGUAGGCAUUUUAGUUAAGGUGAGAACUACUACUAAAUGCUCAGGUACUUGGGGUCAUAGUAUGUCUCCGAAAGCAAUAAGUCCUCUUCUGGAAGAACUAAGAAGGCUGCAGGAGUAUGACUUGCUCAGCAAUGGAAAGGAGCAGCAGGUAGUUCCUGAAUGUAUGGUGACACAAAUGAUCCGUGUGAUGGCCCGCAGACGAAAAGCGGCAGUGAGAAGGAGAAAAACAAAGUCAGUAAAGUUAUCAUCAACAAAAAACAAGAAGAAGCUAAACGGACUGUCAGAACACAAACUCAAUGGUAUCUUAAGUCACCGGAUUUCAGACACGAGAGAAGAUAAAAAUACAAACAUGUGUUGUGGAGAUUUGCAACCUGCUAAUGCUAAUGACAUUCUGCACCAAUCUACACCUGCUGCAAUUCAUCCUGUUCAGCCUGUUUCAUCCAUCCACAAGAAAUUUGGCAAGUUCCGUUGUCUACAGGAAGUAAUUGGAAAUGAAAUUAUGUCUCCUGAGGGUUCAGAUGUCUCGAAAGAAGUCAUAGAAACUAGUCAGGAUUUAGAGCCUCUGAAUGAAGUAGUAAUUGAACAACAGGAGGAAUUGGACAUCAGUAAUGCUGAGCAAGUUGUGUGGACAGAUGAAUAUGUGGAGGACAUGAUUGUUUGCGAAGGUGUAGAAAUAGAAGUGGGAGAUACAAGAAGCCAGGAUGAUCAAGAAUUAGAAUUUGAAGACAGUAGGGAGUGUGAAGCAGACCAGGUUUCAGUGAUAAAAGGUAGUUACUGCCACGACUGUGGCAGAGGAGCUGAAAUAGAGGAGUGUAAGUGUGUUUCAGUUGACAAAUUAAGUGCCAACUCUAAUUAUGUUAAUACAAGUAAUUGUAGAACCAACCAAAUAAAUUAUGUGAGAACAACCAAUGAAAAUACUGAUGUACAUAGUGAACAAAUUGUGAAGUGUUUUGGUGGCUGUGGCGAGGAAAGUGACAUUGGAAACCAGAACAUUAUUGAAGAUUGUAUUACGUAUGAAGUCAGUGACAAUUUAGAAACUACAGCAAAUGAUGAAACAGUUGUUAGUGAAGAGUUUGUUGUAGAAUUACCAGUUCCUCAAGAUCAAGUGCUUUGUGAAACUGACAGUCAGAGUGAUAUUUCAACUUUUAAAACUGAAGUACGCAACACUGAUACAGAUUUAAUAAGCAGUGUUAUGCCUGUGUCAUCGGGGAGUAUUGAAGACUUACCGGUUGCAGAAGAGGAGCACCAUGCUUUAGAAGGCUGUGAUAGUGUCCACAAGGAAUAUUUGAGCUGCCAGAGUCCCAGAUCUUCUCUGUUUGGAGAGAGAAUCAUGGGCGAAGAAACCAAAGAUGAGAUACACAACUUUUCUAUAGAAAAUAUAGUGCCAUGUGUCAAUGAAGUGACUGUUGUCACUGAGGGUACUGAUCAAAGCUGUGAAGAUUCUGGAAGCCUCGAUAUCAAUGAAGCUCCUUGCUUCACAGCCAGUGCAUGCGCAAAUGAAAAAAAUUGUCGAACAGAGGAGGUACCUGAAAGAAAACCAAAGUCAGUCAGUUCUAGAAGCCGUAGUGGCAGUACAGACACAACAGGAUCUGAAAGCAGUUCAAACUGUAGUAUAGGUGUGAGAAGAAGCAAUCGCAUUCGUUCCAUAGGAUUGUCGAGACAAAAAUCGCGCUCUAAGAGUGAUGUACCAAGCUCUCCUAAGAGUGUUGCAAGGGAAACCUCUGAUGGAAAACAUGUUGGGGCACCAGAACUUGUGUGUCCACCAGUCAGCAAUGAUCCCAUACAGAAAGACAGUCUCAGUCAUCCAGUUUCCACGUGUACUUUCCCAGCUGUUCCACAAUCUGCAAUAUCUGCAUUUGAUCUCGACAGCAGCAAACCGGUGAAAGUGAAAUCACGAUGGCGACGAUCAAGUGAACUUGAAAUGGGGGGAAACCGUAGUGGUGACAGUGAUGUGGUGGUUGGAGCACAGUCAGUAUGUGUUUCAGAUACACCUUGUAAUACAUCGAACAAUGCACCCAGUUUUCCAGCAAAUGAGAACAUGUUGGAUGUAGUGUCAACUAAGAAGGAAGUCCGUAAUGAGAGAAAGGAAAGAGAAGAGAGAGAAAUGGAGGAGAGACUUCGCAAUUACGUUACAUUGUAUGAGAACGAGUAUCUUACAGAAAGAUCAACAAGCAAAGAAACAAAGCGAAUGGUAUGUGAUUGCUUCCUCACCAAGGAAGAACUAGCUCGAGGUGAUAUGGGCUGUGGAGAGGACUGUCUAAACCGCCUUUUGAUGAUAGAAUGUGGUUCUCGCUGUGCAAUGGGAGAUCGGUGCACCAACAAACGCUUCCAGCGGCAUGAAUAUGCAAGAUGUGAUGUCUUCAAGACUGAGAAAAAGGGGUUUGGUUUGCGAACAUUGGACGAUUUGUCAGGUGGUGCUUUCAUAAUGGAAUAUGUUGGUGAGGUGUUGGAUCCUAAGGAAUUUCGCCGUCGAGCUAAGGAUUAUGCCAAAGAGAAGAAUCGCCAUUAUUAUUUCAUGGCAUUGAAAUCUGAUUCUAUUAUUGACGCUACAGUGAAGGGAAAUGUUUCGCGAUUCAUCAAUCACAGCUGUGAACCCAAUGCUGAAACUCAGAAGUGGACUGUGAAUGGAGAAUUAAGGAUUGGUUUCUUCAGUAAAAGAAACAUUUCUGCUGGAGAAGAAAUAACAUUUGACUACCAGUUUCAGCGAUAUGGGAAAGAAGCUCAGAAGUGUUUGUGUGAUGCUGCAAAUUGCCGUGGCUGGAUUGGGGAGGAUCCAGAAAAAGAGAAACGUGAAAGGAAACUCAAAAAGGAAAAAGAAAUCAAAAAGAAAAAAGAAGAGAAGAGGAAGGAUGUUAAAGACUAUAUGGAUGAUAUGGAUCUGGAAGAAGAGAUAGAAAAACUGAGUGUUUCCGGUCUAAAGAACAGAGCUCACACCUUAACAAUGUGUCGCCUGAUGGUGCGCGCUGAAGACUGUGACUCACGUAUUCAGUUGUUAAAGCUUAUACAAGAAGGAGAACCAGCGUGUCGAAGACUAUUCCUUGAUUACCAUGGUCUUCGGCUCAUGUGGAGCUGGAUGGUUGAUGCCACAAGCAAUAAUGAAACUGAAAUGGAUUUGAAAAUGGAAAUACUUCAAACACUAGUGAAGCUGCCAAUUCCAAAUAAAACAGUGUUGCAGGACAGUAAAGUCUUGUUCAUGGUUCAGAAAUGGUUGGAAUGUGUGCGACAGUCAGGAAGUGUUAACGAUACAUCAAAUGAAAGUGAAAUGGAAGACAGUGUAACAUUUGCUGUUACAAAAAAGGAGAGGCUCUCUGCAGAUGAAGAAUGUGUCACCAAUCAGAUUUUGAAAUUAAAUGCCAGUGCUAAGAGUCCAAAGAAACUGGGAAUGAAUGAAUGUGAUCGCACAAAGCCUAGAACUCAUGGAUCACUUCCUAGCAUUGAUUAUGAUGAAACAAUUCAAGACAUUGAGAAUGAAAAGCAAGUUGUGGAUGCUGUGGCAGAAAUUCCAGAGACAGACAUUCUGGCAAAGAAGAGUACUGAAUCAGACGACGAGGGAUUUGGUGAAGCUCCAGAAAAAGGUGGUCAAUCAGAAGAUUACAUAAGAGAGAAUAAUUUGGAUAGGAUACAGCCAUUCAUAAAGUUGGCUUCAGGGCUGUUAAAUGAAUGGAGCUGUCUGAAAGAAGUUUUUCGCAUACCAAAAAGGGAGAGAAUAGAACAAAUGAAAGAGCAUGAACGAGAAGCAGAUCGUGGAUAUAAAGAAUAUUUGGAUAAAGAAGAAAAGCCAGAUAAACAGUCAUAUGAUCGGCACUGGCGACAAGAACGUUUCCAUAGUGAGUAUGAAAAGGGAGUUCGUAAAAGAUCGAGAGAUUCCCCUGACCCAGAAAGAGUUAAAAAAAACUCAAGAUUUGAUGAUAGCAGCACAAGAACACUGGUGCCUAUUCCAAAAAUUUCGAAGGAAGAGCGUCGACACUUGUUUGCAUUGCGAGUGGCCCAGGAGGAAGAAGAGGAACGUCAGAGACGACAACAACAGGAGCUCUGGCGUCAAAAUGAUAGCCAGUGUAUGUCUUUGAGGCUUGAUCCCAAUGUUGUUACGCCAACAAAUGGAAGUUACCCUUGUUUCUUCGAUCCUUCUACUAAUACAUGGCAGCCACUUCCACCACAAGAUACCAGCUUAUUAACACCAAGUGACAUGGGUCCAAAUGAAGCCAGCAGUGUAUCAAUGUCAGUACAUCAUCUCACUGUUCCACCCCCACAUACUAAUGUGUCUCCUCUUACUAUUCCUUCUCACUGUCCUCCUCCAACACACAUACCUCCCCCACACUCACAGUCUGUUUCCCACAGUGCACCUUUGCCUCUUCAUAGUGCAUCAUUGCCCCAUGUUUCAUUGCCACCAACUGGCAGUAUACUCUCACACAGGCCUCCAACACCGAUUGGACAGUUAUCGACACACAGACUUUCACCAUCUACUGGGCAGCCACAAAUACCGUCUCUGCCACCAGCACCACUUCUGCCUCAAGGCCCACCUCCUCAGCUUGGUACUCUGCCACCCCAUGGCCCCCCUCCUCCCCUUGGACCUACACAUGGCCCCCCUCCUCCCCAUAUACCUCCUCCACCACAUGCUUCCCCUUUGUCUCACUGCUCAUUGCAAUCACAUGGACCACCUCUGCCUCAUGCUCCAUCUCUUCCACAUGGACCAACUCCCCCCUGUGGUCCUCCAAUGCCAAAAGGCCCCAUUUUUCCUCAAGGCCCUCCUCCAGGUAAUGGAGGUCCCGUGCCUCACAGACCACCUCCACCUCAUGCACCUCUUCCAUCACAUGGACCUCCUUUGCCCCACGGCCCCCCACCUCCUCUUGGGCCUGCUAUGCCCCAAGGACCGCCUCCUGUUCAUGGACCACCUCCACCUCAUGGUUCCACAAUUAAUGUGCUCCCUCCUCAAAAUACACCUGUGUCUCAUCAUUGUCCACCGCCUACUCAUGUCUCAUGUUCUAAUUCAAUCCACGUGCCCCCUGUACCUUCCAGGACAUCACCUCCUCAUGGACUACCCCCCUCACACUGUCCACCACCAUCUCCUCACCAUGGAAACACCUUCUUGCAACCUCCACCUCAAAUCACUCCUCCACCACAUGUCACACUGAACCAUGUCGUACCUAAAAUGACACCACGUAGAAAUAAAGGCUCACCAUUAUUACCAACACCUCCUCUUUCACACGGACCUCCUCCAUCAGGUUUUAUCCCACAACCGGAUGCUAUCCAACAUGGGCCUCCGCCUCUUCCAUGUGAUCCUUCAGAUAUGAGGUCUGGAGAUAGGCAUAAUUUACCAUUUCAUCGUCGUAUCUGUGCACUUCCUUCUCCAUAUGGAGACAGAGGUUCAUCACCAACUGAUUCAUCCAUACAGCCCCCUUACAGCCAAAAACCAUCACACCUUUGUUAUAGCCCCAUACAGACACCGCCAUAUCACCAUGCUCAUCCUGUGUCAGUUCCUAUUCAGCAGCCCUUCACCCCAACACCUCCUCCACCAUUACUUCCUCCUCCAAUCAGGUUGCCACCAAAAUGGAAAUCAGCCAAGGAUGCUGAAGGCCGUGUUUAUUAUUAUCAUGUAAAGACUAGAGUAUCACAGUGGGAGCCACCUCAAUGGACUCCAAUAGAACAGCAGCCUGAUUCAGAUAGCAGCAGUACAUCAAGUGAUGAUGAAGAGGAUGACGAUGAUGACGAUGAUGAUACAACAACAUCCGAUGAAGAGGAGGAAGAGGAAGAAGAAGAGGAAGAUGAAGAGGAAGAGGAAGUGGCUGACGAAGAGGAGGAAGAAGCUGAUGAAAUUGCACAGGAAGAUAAGACUGAAGAUUGCCAGGAUAAUGAUGAUGAUAAUGAGGAUGACGAUGUUCCAAUGGAGGAAAAAGAUGAUACACAUGAAGAGAAAAUAAAACCCACUGCUGCCACAAUUGGAGGUGUGGGUGGAUCACCUCAAGAAUUUUCAGGAGCAUUGGAAGAAGAAGAGAGUGACAGUAGACUAUGUCUAGAUGAUGAUAAAAGGAAAGAAAAGAGACGUGAGGGCUUGGUGCAAGAAAGGAUUAUCAGUCCUCGCCGAGAAGAAGAUAAGUCUGAUAAUAAGAGGUAUAGAGAAAUAAAGGAAAAACUGAGGAAAAGGAAAGAGCUGGCACGUCAGCAUGCAGAAAAAUCAAAAAGAUACCACCGUGAAAGUAAAUUUCAUUCUAACACAAAGUCAUCAGAAAAACCCGUGACUGUUGCUGCUGAUACUUCAAGUGAUACAGCUAGGAAAAUUAAGGAUCAGUUCCGACUGCAGAUGGCUGGUGUAAUUGUGCAAUAUCUAAAUCCGUAUAGAAAACCAGAAUGUCAGAAAGCACGUAUAACAAACACAGAUGACUUCAAGCAUCUUGCUAGAAAGCUGACACAUUUUGUAAUGCUGAAGGAGUUGAAACACUGCCGAAGUGUUGAGGACCUUGAAUGCAAUGAUAAUGUGAAACAUAAAGCACGAGACUUUAUAAAGAAAUACAUGGCUAAAUUUGGUGCUGUGUAUCAAAGACCAAAAGAGGAGGACCAGUAGAAGAUUAGUUAAUUUAUCCAUGUUGUGAUAUGUGAGUGGGUGUUUUGUUGAUUUUGAUGUUUGUAAAUAAUUUUACAUAUGAAAUUGUUUUGAAUUUUGUGAACCAUUGGGUUAUCUGGAAACAGAAUAACAGGCAGAUUGAUGCCUUAGCCAGCCCCCUCCACCUACUACUGUUCCCUUCUCAGGUGGUACCUACCAUUCCUGUUUCAUGCUCAAUAUUAUGUUAAUUUUAAUUGUUAUGUAAAGAAAAAACUAUUUUUUUAUUUAUAAAAUUCUUAUCAAAAUUAAGGAAUCAAAAAAUGCCACAAUUUUAAUGUUGUCAUAAUUACAGUACAUGUUUCAUUAUUCACUUUAGAGCUAUUAGAAAACUCUUGUGGUACAUUUCAUCAUUAUAAAUGACAGGAUUUGUCUUUGAAGCUAAGCUGUUUUUUUAUGAGUGUUUAAUUGGACAAUUCAUGUAGUUACAUUUAUUGUAUGUGCUGUUACUGCAUCAGGUAACAAUUCUUCAGCAACCAAGAAUGAUUUGCAAUAAAAUUCUAUGGGCAAUGAGUUUUAUGCGUGACUGUGGUGAAAAAUACAAUUUGUUAUUGUCUCUGUUGAGCAACAAUUUGAACAGUAACUAAAUGAUGUAAAUAUUUAUUAUGUGAAUUUGGCACAGGCUUGCUAAUAGAAAAGGGCAGCAGUGAAGACUAUUGACACCAGUGUAGAAAUUAGAGAAACUGUAAAAUUGUACAUUGAUGUGAUGUACAACUUGUAAUUGUACAGUUCAAAGUGUUCGUGAAAUAUAUAUAGAUAUGUACAUAACAACAUUAAAUUAGUCACUGGAAUAUUUAUUAUUAUUUUUUAAAAAAAGUAGUAUGUAUUAAAAUAAUAGAUUCUUUUUGUGAUGACACAAUA